AAGGCGUCGUUUCUGAUGCCAGUUGAAGACCAAAUUAUGUUGACUCUGAUGCGGCUACGGAUGGGGUCGCUUCUUGCCGACUUAGCAUUUCGUUUUCACGUAUCCACGUCUGUAGUUAGCAGAGUGUUUUCAUUUUGGAUCCCGCACCUGGCGCAGCUUUCGAGGAAGUACUUGAUGUUCUGGCUUCCGACAGAUACAAUUCGGUUGUCGUUGCCAGACGUUUUUGAAGACAUGCCUCGGACGACCUGCAUCAUAGAUUGCUUUGAGAUUUUCUGUGAUAGACCACGAAACCUCUUGAGGAGAGGAAAGAUGUUCAGCUUUUAUAAAAGCCAUAACACGGUCAAGGUGCUCCAUGCUGUCGCGCCCAACGGCUUCAUCAUGUUUGUUUCCAAAGCCUACGGAGGGCGGGCAAGUGAUCGGUACAUGACGGCAAACUCUGGAUUGCUCGACCACUUAGACUAUGGAGAUGAAGUCCUAGCUGACAGGGGCUUCACGAUCGCCGACAUUCUGCCAAUUGGAGUAGAGCUUGCGCUGCCUUCCUUUACGAAGGGAAAGCAGCUUGCUGCACGGGAUGUGGUGGUGUCCCGAAGGCUAGCCAAACUGAGAAUACAUGUGGAAAGAUCGAUCCGUCGCAUGAAAUGCUUCCGGAUACUGAAGUAUGUUCCCUCGUCAUAUCUUGCAAAGAACAACAACCUUGACCACAUUGUAGCAGCUGUUGCUGGGCUCUGCAACCUGCAGCCUGCUCUCAUCAAGGGACCACAGCUCAAAGAAACCUAAGUGUGAAAUGUGUUAAAGGGCCACUCCAGCACCAAAACAAAAUUUUUGCAAACA